AUGGCUGAGCCCCCACAGAAACGACCCGUCAAGUUCGUCGCCUCGGACCAAGAUGGCAUGCCUGUGAAACGGCGUCAGGUGCAGCAAGCCUGCGAACCAUGUCGGAAAAGAAAGAAACGCUGCUCUCACGUACCAGACACCCCGGGCCCGCGCUUCUUCGCCGACGCGUCCCACCAGAAAAGCAUCUAUGCCCACCUCAGGCCCGACCCGCAGCAGCCCGAGGGCUCGGGGGGCUCGUCAAACCGCCCGGGGACCCUCCCCAACUCCCCCGAGUCGCCAGAGCAGAACAACUCGAACUCGGGGGCGUCCUCGGCCCGCGAGGUCGCCUCCCAGCUCAUCGAGCUGUCGGCCUCCCGGUUCGUCGGGGACCUGAGCCCGGAGAGCAUCUUCAUCGAGGCCGCGAGCAAGAUCGCCAGGGACCCGUCCCGCCGCAACCCGUCUGACAUCGGCACGUGGCUGCCGGCACGGCGGUCGGACGACGAACAGAGAGAUGCUGCCAGGCGGGAGCAGUCGGCGGCCUCGAUGCAGGGCCACGAGCCCGCGGGCUCGAAUCGUGCUGCCGACGAUGGCCCGAUGUCUCUUCGCACCCUGUCGGGGAGGGUGGCUUCGACUGGCAACCCGGAGCACCAGGUCGAUGGCCCGCAAUCCAGCGAUGUAGCCGAAAUCCCGAAGCCACCGAAUGGUCCAACCGUGUACCCGCCUGACGAGGAUUACGAACACAUCUGUGCAAUUUAUCUGGGCCGAUUCCAGCUUAUGUGGCCUAUAAUCAAGGUGGCCGACGUUAUCUCUAUCGCAACAUGCGUCGAGCCAUCUGCAUCAAAAUACCUGCGGCUCGAGCCCGGCGGUCCAGUCCUCCCAUUUCCAGAAUAUCAAAGGCCACUUGCCAGGUCCGCACUCUCGUUCUUGGACGAACAGGUCCUUGCCGACAGAACAGACCACAUCCGAGCCCUCUUCCUCCUGUUCUUUUACCAGCCGGCGCGUGCGUCAGAGCUUGACAUGCCCUCGCUCAUCUUCAGCCAGGCCAUGCACUACGCCGUCAGCAUCGGCAUCCACCUGGUGGGGUCCGGCGCCCAAGACGAGCGAAGCAAGGAGGCAGAGACCCUGUACUGCGCCCUCUGGGCCCUUGACAGGAUGAACGCGGCCUUCCACGGCCGGCCGUGCCUGCUGCAUGACCGAGACACGGACCGUGACCUGGACGAGUGCAUUGCCGCCCAGGAACAACCGGGGUUCAGGCUGCUUUUGAGUGUUUGCGUUAUGCUGGACAAGGUCAUCUGCCUGUAUCGGCCUCGCAGCAAGGGCGACGAGACGGUCGUGCUGCCAGUCUUCGAAAGCAUGAUCAUGGAUGCCGGGGCAGAUAAAGCCGCGCCAUGGAUUCACUCCAGCGUAGAAAUAUUCUACCACGCAAUUUCCGUCCUCUCAUGCCGACAACCAUCCAGCGCCUUCGCCCCGUCAGCCCCAGACCAAGCCCACCUACCACACCCAAACAUCAACGCUCGCCGCUCACUGUCCGCAGACCGCAUAGUCGACGCGGUGUCCUUCGCCCUGUCCUUCCCAACAUCACCAGACCGGAUCACAGUCGUGCCGUUCGUGCCAUACGCCCUCGCCCUCUCGCUCUCAGUCUCCUAUCGCAAGAUGCGCUACUCCAAGAUCCCGCUGUACCGGCUCCGGGGCAAGACCAGGUUCAAGGAGGUCGUGGCCCUGCUCCGGAAGCUGGGCGAUAGCUUCACGUGCGCCCGCGUCAACGCCGGGCUGGGCGAGGCCAUCCUGCAGGAGAUGGACAAGACGGCCAAGGGGCUCGUCAGCUCGGGUGCCGCGGCGGCAGCAGCAGCCGCGAACGCCACCGCCACCACCACCACGACGCCCAGCACCCCGACAGACGCGCAGAGGCCAGUGAGCAGCCGCAGGGCGCUGCCGGCCGAGGUGACGCUCGGCAGCAGGAGGAACGUCUACGUCAGGGAGGCCGACCGGCAGCAGGCAGGGAGCAGCGUCGCCGCCACGCCGAGGCCGAUCACGGCGGGCCAGAGCCCAUUGCAGCAGCUCCCCACCCCGAACCUGCAGCAGGGCGGCCCGGGGAGGCCUUCUCCCGCGCGCCGCUGGCCGCGACCCGGUCCGGGCGCUGUGGUGGCUCAGCAGCAGCAGCCGGGUACGUCGCAAGCCCUGCCUGCUACGGCCCUGGGCGACAUGCUGGAUGUCGACAUAUUUGGGCACUUUGAUCCUGGCUUCGACCUGAACACGGUCGAUGCGGCGCUGUCGGCGAAUCUGGACAUGGGGUUCCCUCAGAUGUGGACUACGCCGUGGCCUAAUUGGCCAAGCUGA